CCUGACAUGAAGUUUUCUCUCUAUAUAUAUGUCAUACCAUCACACAUGCACCUUGAAAAUUACUUUCACACAUGUACAAAAUGUUGUACACGAUCACAAUCACAUUCAAUCAAAUGCACUUAUAAACACUAAAACAAGUUCACCACCAAUCAACACUAAAUGUUUACUAAUCAUGCACCAUACGUCCAUACGGCAUCUUCCAACACAUCACUAUCUUAACACCAACACAAUCACAUUCAACCAAAUGUACUUAUUAAAUGUUAAAACACGAGAUUCCAUCCUCCAAAUGCACUUAUUAAAUGUUAAAACACGAGAUUCCAUCCUAAAAGGUCAACCUGAUAGGAGGAGUAGCUCAUAUGUUAAUAUAACAUUUAGUUCAUCCAAACUUUUCCGGUGUGGGACAUUUAACAUUAAACAAUUAAAAUACUUCAUCAGCUAUCCUAUAUGUUUUCUAAACAUGCACCCUACCUCAUAUUUGUGAAUACGUACUAAAGAGUGCAUAACCAAUUGCAUCCAUAUUUCAUGAUUUUGCAUUACACCGCACAUUUGAAACACAGACACAUUCACACGCAACCAAAUGGAGUUACUGAACUACUGACAACAUUCAUCACCAAUCUGCACUACAUGUUCACAUUUUAAAGCUUAGGAAAAAUUCACACGAAUAAUCCGAACUAUUAGCGGUCUUCCAAUAUUAAUCUCAUUUAUCGGUUAUUCUACAAUAAUCUGUAGUUAACAUGGAAUCUUCUCAAAUUGAUCCCUGUUACCCACUACCCACUAAACCGGUAAACAAAAUAGGAAAGGGAAAAGAAAUCCUCUAUAUACUCCGUAAGAAACUAAAAAGGAACACUGGCAUGUAUCAACUUUUCUUCCCCAAAAACAGUUUGUUCCAAGCUAAGCCUUCAUCUUCAAAUUUUGGAUGAUGGACGAUCCAAGAACUUUAUGUCCUGACAGAUCGGGUAACGAGGCGGAUGGCAUGAGACGAUUCAACUGAAUAUCGCUCGGUUGGGCCAACUUCUUUAUUAUGUCACUGGAAUCACUUCGACACCUCAAUUGCACCAUAACAAUUUGUUUUCAGGAAUUUCACGAUAAGAAAAUGGAAGGAGUUGAGCGACGGACAUGGUGACACAGGCUUGGCUAAUCAAUUUCUCAAGACGUUUUAUCGAUGCUCCUUUCUCCAUAAUUUCUCCACAAAUUCCACAGAACAAGGGGAAGGAGGCUCGUGGAUGAGAUCGUACAUAAAUUCGAAAUUAAGAAGAAGAGAAUGGGGAAGGAAUCGAUAAAAUGUGGGAAAAUUAAGAAGAGGAGGAGGGAAAACAGAGGAUAUCACAAGAUGAGAAGCAGAGAAGAGAACGAAGAACCGAGAAGCCAAGAAAAGAAAGAAAAAAAGAAAAGAAAAUUAAAAGAAAUGAAGAAAGAAAAAAAAGUUAGGCCUUAUUUUACCAAUAUUACUCCUACUAGACCGUUUCCCAACAAAGUGAGCAGACUUGAAAAAUUCCAGAAAUAAGAGUUUCUAUCAGUUACGAUGUACCGAAAAUGCAGGCUUAAAUUAUAAAUCCUGAUAGGCACUUUUAAUGAAAGAAUUUCGUUGAUAAUCAAUUACCAUAUAUCGGUAACUGACAUGCUAAAAUUUAGGAAGACAGUAUACGUGAGUUGAGACUAACGCGUACACAUUUCUUGACCUGAUAUUCCACCCGAUUCAAACAGUCCACGAUCGACCAGAAAGGAAAAGAGAAGCUCUGCAAUUUUUUCCAUGCAACUCGGCACCUGAAGGUUACAAACAAAAUGGAGAAGUUGUUGGUAACUUUGUUAUUUGAUGGGAGGUGGAAUGCUGAAAAUAGGUUUGUUGCUAAGUCAAGUAGCGGAUUACUUGUUGAAGAGAACGCAUCAUUCCCAUCUCUUUUACACGGAAUUAGGACAGUGUUGGGUAUAAGUCAGAAUGUUGAAAUCACAUGUCUGUCAUACCAAAUAGACAAAGCAUUUCCGCCUACUAUUAUUGGCUGUGAAGAAAGUUUACAAUUUUACAUGUGUCUGAAAAAGAGGGAAAUAAAUGAUGUUAGUUCAUACCCAAUGUGUGUUCAAAGUAGAAAGAGUCGGGAUCUAAGUGACUUGCAGAAAGUUGGAAGAGGUGAAGGAGUAGGAGUGAACAAUAAUGAGUCGUUUGAUUUGAAUGUAGCGGGUCUUGAUAUCCAAAGAGGUACUAGUACUGAAGUUGUUGAUAUGUGUAACAGUGAACACCUUGUUCAUGGUACUAGUGACCACAGGAAUGCAUUCCAAGUGAUGGAGAGCCGAAAUUUGUCCAUAAUUGAUGCAUGUAAUUACGAUGCAAUAGGUGAGGGGCAAACACCAUUGAUAUCGUGGAUUCAAGAUGGUGGUAAUAGGAAUAUAGAUGGAAUGGAUACAACACUAAGAAUCAACGGGAUGUAUCCUAGUAAAGAAUAUUUGAAGGAAACGUUGCAACUGUAUGCAAUUCAUAACAAAUUCCAAUUUAAAACAAAAACAUCACACCCGGGAGUUAUUCAUUAUGUGUGUGUUGGUGAGCGCUGCAAAUGGGCUGUGCGUGGCGUGCGGAUAAGUGAUACAGAUUGCUUUGAGGUUAAAAGGUUUGACUCCGUGCACAGUUGCUCCAUUGAUUCCAGACUUGGUGGAAAUAAACAAGCAACUGCAGCAAUAGUUGGAAAAUUAAUUAAACACCAAUACAUGGAUGCAUCCAGAAAACCCUAUCCCCCAAAAGCAAUUAUUGCUGAUUUGAAUAGAGAGUUGGGAUUACAUGUUAAUUACAAAAAAGCGUGGAGGGCGAAGGAGAAAGCUUUGACAUCCCUUACCGGGACUGACUUUGAGUCAUAACAAAAGUUACCACUUUUGUGUUACAUGAUUGAUAAAACUAAUCCAGAUUCAUUGAUAACGCUGGACACCGAUGCAGAAGGUAAUUUUGAAUAUAUGUUUAUAUCACUUGGUGCUUCUAGAAAGGGUUGGCCAGCAUGCCGACCUGUCAUUAGUGUUGAUGGAGCUCAUUUGAAAGGAAAAUUCCGAGGAACAAUAUUGUCUGCUUGUGCACUAGAUGCCAAUAGACAAAUAUUCCCAAUUGCAUUUGGUUUUUGUGGAAGAGAAAAUAAAGAGACAUGGUCAUGGUUUUUUAGGAAAUUAAAAGAGGCAAUUGGUGAGAGGGAGGAUAUGUGUUUUGUUUCGGACAGGAAUGAGGGUUUAAUAAGUGCAGCAAAGGAAAUAUAUCCAAGAGUGAAUCAUGGUCAUUGCGUGCAACAUAUCCUUGGAAAUAUUAUAGCAAAGUUUGGUGGAAAAAAAAGAUAGAGUGACCUGUUUUUUUUUAUGCUCCCGUGCGAGCCCCAACUGAACACAUGUGGCAAUAUUAUAUGAGAUUACUUGAUGCGGAGGAUCCUCGAAUACGUAAUUACUUGGCUGAAAUUGGGGAAGGGAAAUGGGCAAGAUGGAGAAUUGAAAGACGAAGGUAUUCGAUAGUUACCUCUAAUAAUGCGGAGACAUUAAACUCUGUUGAUGGAACAGCUCGGAAGUACCCUAUUGCAAUGUUGGUUGAGUUUCUUAGGACUAAAUUGCAAGCAUGGUUUCAGGCUAGAGGCGAAGAAGCUAACGGUCAUCAAUCGAAGUUGUCACCGGCAGCAGAGUUAGUGCUAGUGAACCUCCUUCAUGACUCAUCCGGAAUGAUUGUUCGACCCAGCAGUGCAUUUGCAUUUGAGGUGAUUAAUAAAAAUUGUAGAGCAUAUGCCGUUGAUCUUGUGGAACGCAAAUGUAGUUGCAGAGAGUUUCAACUAGAAGACUUUGUCUGUGUGCACGCGGUAGCAGCUAUACGUAAUCGGAAUGGGCUGUCUUGUUACGACUACGUUUCAAGUUACUAUAGUAGCGAGUCAUGGGUAGAAGCAUAUAAGGGUUCUGUCCCGCCCUUAGGUUCAUAUUCUCUUUAUGAUGCUCCAGUGGGAAUUAGAAAUUGGGUGGUUAAACCACCAAUAUCAGAUAAACGUCCAGCGGGGAGGCCGAAAAAGAAAAGGAUACCCUCAACAGGGGAAUUUCUGAAGAAGCAAAAAUGUGGAAGGUGUAAGGAGCAAGGUCAUAACCAAAAGACAUGCAACAACCCAAUACCGAGGCAUCAUUUAACAUUUUACCCUUUUUUUUGCUUUGAGUGACCAAAAUUUUGGAGAUAAAUAAUGUUAGCAAUAGUAGUGAUACAGUUGUUCUGGAAACAAAUUUUUAUGUGUUAGUGAAAAUGAAUAAAUUAUUUUGUCCAUUUUUGAGUGCGCAUUGAUGACCACCAAUUCAGUAAUUACUUGUAAUAAGGAAGUCCCAGUAAGUUGCUUUUAUUUUGUAUGUAUUCGUGAAAUUGGC